UCGGUUCUCCGCAAGUGAAACGGGGGACUGAAUGGUCCUCAUGAUGCACGCAAAGUUAUCUGUAAUUACGAUUUGUAACUCACACAUACACAAUAAGUAGUGCAACACACAGCAUAAUUGGCAACAGAUGUGUGUCUCGCUUUUUGUCGUGCAUUUUAUCGGAGAAAUUCACUUGGAAAAUGGUUCUCGAUCAUGUUCAAGUUCAGUUACGUAAGUGCGCGUGCUGGAGAAUUGGUGCGGAAUAGCGGAUGUUUGGUGGUGCUCGACGGCGAAGUGGCGCGCUGUUAUAAGCUCGCACCCGCUGCGCCGGCCAUCAGUUGCCGCUAGACCACCCUCGCACUCGUCCAUUUUUAGUUUUAGUGUCGUGUGUGGAAUUUAAUCAAAAUGUGCUCCGUUUUCCGGAUAGUCGUCGUAUCUGUUAUCUGUGUGGUCGUUGCCUCCGGCCAUGUGCACGGGCCGCGGAGAUCCCGCAGGAUGGACGUCGAGGAUUACGCGCAGAACGAAAUCGACAGUGGAAGAGCUGAGGAGAGCUGGUGGCCUUCGGCGGAGUUCGCAGUAUUACAGAAAGUUUAUGACGAUUGCAGUGCGCAAAAACAUUUGACGAUGUGUCUGAAGGGGAAAGCCCUCACAGCCCUCACGAGGGCGGUCGAACAGGAGAGCGUGCAGCUCGCGGACGGACUGUCGCUGGUGAAGCAGGCGGACGCUCCCGCAGCGGUCGCGGAGCCCCGCUUCUUCCCAGGCAUGUCCACCGAAGAGAAGCUCGAUACUUUGCUACGGUCUAAAUUCGAACAAUUACUGAACACGCACACCGUCAGCAUGGAUCUUGCCUCAGAGGGCAGAGGCCGAGGUAAGAAGGUGUUGCCGUACUUGCUGCUCGGUAUCUUCACCACGGUGAGCAUUGUGGGAGGCAUGGCCCUGAAGACCCUGGCUGCGAUCGCCGGCAAAGCGCUCAUCGCCAGUAAGGUGGCGCUGACCAUUGCCGGCAUCAUCGCCCUCAAGAAGCUGUUCAGUCACGACGGUGCAACCGGAGAGACAACCUUCCAGGUCCAUGCAGAUGGACACCAUAGGCGGAAUCUGUAUGUGGUGAGGCCAGCAAAAGCAAGCGCGGUGGAUCCUUACCGGUACUACGCCGAGCAGACGACGGUGAGCGCGUAGCACGGCCGGCCGCCGCAGCGCCCGCGCCGCCACCCGCCGCCCCGCCGCCUCGCCAUCGCCAUCGUCAAUCGACUCCGCCGCGCCGACACCCACACAAAUAACCUCAAACCAAAGUAACGUCCAUGUCGUGGACAUCCUACUUAGACGAUUAGGUCGUCCACUUUCGUUCUCAAAUCUA